AUGAAGAGUGUGAGCAACGACGAUGUUGAAGUAUACCCCGAGUGGACUAUCCUACCAUUGGUCAACGAGACGCAGCUUGGGUAUCCUACAAAAACUGGAGGGAUUGUUGACGAGGGGAAUUUCGCGAGCGUUUUCGCAUUUGAGAUUCUUGAUGAAUAUAAUGAAUUCACUGAAUUCCCCGGACUUCGACGCUUUGUGCGGAAAGAGCUCCGUGCAGACACUGACCCUGGCCGCUUCAGGGCUGAAUACGAGAACCUCCUAUACGUUAAAAGAUUACAAGAUGAUCAUCUUGUGAAAAUUGUGAAGGCGUACAAACUUGGAAAACAUUACAACUUCAUCUUCCCCCGCGAAAUGACGAAUCUGCGGUUAUACCUCCGCGGACAACAAUCUCAUUCGUGUCUACGUUCCGAGUCAAUUGUGGGCCACCCACUCUGGCGUCAAAUGCUAGGCGUGGCCCGGGGUUUGAACAAAGUCCUCAAUUAUGAAGAACCUCAUGCCACUCACGAGGCCUCAAUGAUUGGUUAUCACUGCGACCUGAAGCCAGCCAACAUCUUGGUCCGGGAAUCUGGGACUCUUCUGAUAUCAGACUUUGGUCAGGCAAUCUUUAAGAAGGUCGCUGGCACCAAUUCUUCCAACGUGUUUGGUGUGGGUGGCACAGAAGCGUAUGCGCCUCCUGAAAUCGACAACGCGGAAUUGAAGCUGAAUAGGAAGUACGAUAUCUGGUCUCUCGGUUGCAUUCUUGUGGAGGUGUGCAUGUUUGUGGUCGGCGGUAGUGGUGGUGUAGGUAAGCUUGAUUGCGCCCGGCUGACCGAGAUACCAGGGAGGCGGAAUAGAGAUGAUCGAUUCUUCAGACACAACAGUAUGACCAACUCUUACGAACUGAAACCCGAGGUCAUGCAUCUAAUCCGUGAGGUUCCUGACCUGGUCCAGGGCAGUCUGGAAAGGGAUUUUCUCAACGAGAUACUCCUCGUGGCGUUACAAAUGCUCCAUGUUGAGGUCAAGUCAAGGUGGACAUCAAUGCAAGUUUGCAUAAAUUUGGCUAGAAUUCUGGACCGCUUCCAAUCCAUUCCGCUCGCAGAACCAGUCUUGCCAAACCUCUCGGUCAAGCCUCCAUGGUCCGGAGUGGAAGUUGGGAGAGAACUCACGGAAAGGUUGCAAUCAAUCAACUACAAUGUCAAAGGGUUCUGGGAUUCUGGGCCUGUUCGAUUCACGCAGGUGGGCAUGCUAUUGCACAUGCAAGUUUGGGAUCGUAAAGCUUGGACUGAAAAUUCGCUCGGCCAGAGAUCUCAACUCAGAUUAGUACUGCGUUUUGCUCUCCGCAACCCACCUAGCCACUACAAUUCGGACGCACAAUUCUAUCUCUCACCUGGCAGGGUGGGUCAAUUUUCAACCAAUAAUUCCGCCGACAGAUUGCUGCUGCAAGAGAUCUUGUUAGGAUUCGAGGUUGUAAAGAGCAUGAAGCUCGAAGCCGGACAAGUAGAGGUGAAGCAUCGAGUGCCUAUGUUAAAGAAGUUCCAACGCAAAAGCAGCGGUGAAUCAGGUGGUUGGAAAUAUGAUCUUGAGGUCGAUGCGUCUUGUAUUCAGCUAUGGAAAGAAAGUUCUUGCAGCAACAUGACCAGCAUGAUUUCUCCUGCGUCGUCAUCUAGGAAACAAUCUCCUCGAGUUUUACGGGUGGGUCCUCGGCCUCGACGAAUUGUGGUCUUCUACGAACACUCUGUGCUUGUCAUCCGCUUGGCCAAAAACUUUCGGAUCCAGCCACCAAAUCUGGCAGGCGGAGCAGCGACCUCUUUGGGUCUAGUACUGACAGAUCGUAGCAGGGACCCGUCAUUUCGAGUAUCGGUCUUUAAGAAGGAGUACAAAGAGCCAUUACCUUCCUUUCCGCUGCAUAGGGAGGUAUUUGAAGCAGAAGAAGUCGAGAAUAUGGUGGAGUGCACCUCCUUGACAAUGAACUUUCAUUCUGUAGAUGAUGCUAAAUCAUUCUAUAGUGCCUACAGAAAGUUAAAGCGCGAUUGGGCAGAAGAUUUGAAACAUUUCGAGUCCGUCCAGAAACGCAUUGGACCUGAGUUUGGGUAUGGGUUGUAA